UGUGUUGUCAUUUUACUCCCCAAAAGACAAAAGAGCCAACUGAUAUUCAGUCACUGGUGCUCAGAGGGUUUCCUAUUGUCCUUGGUGACAACCCCACAGACUUCUACAAAGCAUGCUUUGUCUAGAUAUCCCUGACCCAGAUGAAAUCGAGUACAUCAGGCAACAGGUGGAGGCGACAGUAAACAGCACUGUGUAUCUUCAUUGUGGAUCCACCAUGCCCACACUGUUCAUCUGGGUCUUUUCCAGACCCGGCACAGAGAGAAAUGAACCUCUGGUCUACAACCACGGACAGGGCUCAAAACUUCUGCCCCUGGCCAGCACACUGGGAGUGAUUUCUCUGCUCACCAACACAACAACUCUGGUGAUUGAGGGGGUCUCGGAGGAAGCCGAGGGGAUCUACACCUGCCAGGCCCUAUACGAUAUGGAUGAUUCACCUAAGAGUACAUUUUACUACACACAGCUGAGUCUGCAGGAAGAUGAAGUGCAAGUCAGGGGGUCAGGAUAUACCCCCCCCCCCCCAACACUGAUUGAAGGGCAGUUGAACUAAACAAUAAAUGUAGAAUGCAGCUGACCACAGACAGACACAUAGUAACUGCUACAAUGUGGUUUAUAGUACAGCAGGGUCAGAAAUUGACCAGGGCACAGGGCAAAAAAACGGAAGUAACAAAAAUGCCCCAGACAUUUAAAAUAUAGGGGCAAACAUUGUCUCCAUAGUGAAUUCCUCUACAGGAUCUUUUUUUAUUUGUUAUCUAACAUUUAUUUAUUCUUAUUACAUUUUAGGCCUAAGUAGUCAUGAGUUUAAAAGUGACCUGUUGCUUUGAAAUAUUUCGUAUUGUUGUAUGAAACGCAAGUGUGCAGCUAAUAUGAAGUGUUUUUUAUGAGUUUUUGACAAAUAGACGAUAUGGUCUUUGUUUUUAUGUGGUUAAAAAUAUAUGCUCUCAUAAAAGUAAAACAUAUUGCCCCAUAGUAAAAUAGUUAAUUUCUGACACUGGUCUAAAGCGACCACUACUCAGUAUUUUGUGAUGGAUUUGAAGAUAUUUUCUGUGUGUGAUGCAGUUAAACUCAGAAUGUG